CACAAACAUUUCCCUUCCAUCCUCUAUUUCAACGUUUCCGUUAAUCUUCCAGCAUUGUAAACAGUCGCGUGACACUAUCAAACAUGAGCGACUCAGAUUCCAAUCCCGCCAUCCCAAGCUGGCAGAAGGCGCAAUCCGACGAGACCGAUAGCCAAAACACCGAACCGGCCCCGACACCGUCCGCGAGCAGCUCAACGCCAGAAGUUAAUGCGUCAGCGGUAGAAACAACAGCAGAAGAAACGUCGCAGCCGGAAAAUGCGACAGACGAUCCAGAAAGACUCGAGGUUGCGAGACGCUUUCUCGAGAAUGACGCUGUGCGACACGCGCCUCAUGAGAAGAAGGUCGAGUUCUUGAAGUCCAAAGGCAUUGACGAAGCCGAAAUACACGCGCUUCUUGGCCAAGACGAAUCCACAACAGAGACAGAGGCGCCAACCUUAGAAACAACCAAUUCUUAUGCUCCAACACCCACCGAAACUCUCCCGCCAACACCAGCUUCCCAUCCGCCCGUCGACCGACCCCCAGUCGUCACAUACCCUGAAUUCCUUGCGAAGGCACCCCGUCCUCCUCCUCUCGUUACAAAGGAGCGUCUUUUCAACGCCCUCUACGCAGUCACUGGCCUUUCCACCCUCAUCUAUGGCACAAGUCGUUACGUUAUUCGGCCUAUGGUUGACAGUCAGGCCGAAGCCCGUACAGAUUUCCACGACCUGACCUCGCGAAAACUCGAUGCCCUCGUCGCAAAGCUUGAAAAGACCGUCUCCGAGGUUCCUCCCAAGAAACCCAUCGCCGCAGUCGAGGAGGAGAGCGAUGCUGAAGACCCUACGGAGAUGUUUCACAGGGACAUGGGCACUCAAACCACAUUCCCCAUAAGCUCUGUGACAGCGAUGACAGACUCCAAGAAUAACGAGUCAGCUGCCAAACAUAACACCAAUCAACUGGCUAGUUUGAACAAGACUCUUUCUGGCCUGAAGGAUGAAUACCGUUCCCAGAGCGAAGGCAUGGAUAAGAUCAAAACUGCUGUUGACGUGCUACGGGAUGACCUCGACACAAUGACGUACACUGCGUAUCCCGAUCACAGUACUGGCUAUGACUUGUACGGCCGCUCACGCAAGCCUGAGCCAGAUGAUGAAAUCCGCAAGGUGCGGGAUAACAUCCGGCGUGUGAAGGGAGUCUUGCUAAGCACGAGAAACUUCCCCGCCUCGGCACGAUGAUUUAUUUCUGAAACCAGGUUCUAAAAACGGCAAUUCAUAUCAUCUGUGUUGCUCUCGGGAAAGCUUUCAUAAUGUACAUUUAGUCUUUACAGUACUCCAUCGUCAUACAUAACCAUGUCAAUAUACCCCCUACACAUCC